ACCACGACCCACCCUUCCGUGAAACGCGGCAGCGCAAUGUCUCCCCUGCACCCUCCCCACCUGCAUUUCCGCAAGCUCAAGAAGCGCGCGCGCGCCGCCAUCGGAAGCGGCAGCCACCGCCCCGCCGCCAAGGCCAGGAAGGGCCUCGCCGCCAUCCUGUACAAGCUCCGCGACGUGCACCGCCCGCCGUCGUCGCCGCCCUCGCCAUCUCCGUCGCCGUCGACCCCGCAACACCGGCAGCUCUGCUACCCGCCGGCCCCGUCCACGUGGCCGUGGCCGUCGUGCCGUCACCCACGCACCAGCUCAUUCCGCGCGCGCCCUGAGGAUGCCGCGGCCGUCGUGUACCGGACCGCGAACACAGUGUACGACACACGGUCGGAGCACUUCCUACGGCGCCCGUCCCUGGAUGAAGCGUCGUGCAGUGGCCGGAACUCCUUCGCCGUGUCGGGACAGGCUGCCGUGGAUCGGGAGCCGGAGGCGGAGGAGAGAAAGGAGCAGCAGCUGCGUGAGACAGCCGUCGUGCGCGGCGUGCGGUCGGAACGGCUCUUCUUUGAGCCGGCCGGCGCAGAGUUCUUCUCGCCCACGCAGGCGGAGGCGCUAGGCAAGACCGAAGACAUCACCACGGACGCGGCCGCCGAGGACGAAGAAGCGAACACCGCGCCGGCCGGCAAGACCGAGCAGAAGCCGGCAGAUUACUCCGAGCUGAAGGCUGGCGCGGUGGUGGUAUCAAUGGAGUCGGAGGACCCGUACGGCGACUUCCGAGCGUCCAUGGCGGAGAUGGUGGCGGCGCACGGGCUGCGGGACUGGGAGGGCCUGGAGGAGCUCCUGGCGUGGUACCUCAAGCUCAACGCCAAGGGCGUCCACGGCGUCAUCGUGGGCGCCUUCGUGGACCUGCUCGUGAGCCUGGCGACCCCGCCGAGUCCGUCGCUGCCGUCGCAGUCGCCGUCGUCGUCGUGCAUUACGUUCGAGGAUUACUCGUCGGCCACCUUCGACGACGAAGAGAAGUGCUGAUCAGGAACUCGUUUUGAUUCCUCCUCCUUUUUUUAGUCUCGCCCAGAGUCAGAACUCAGAAGAGAGUUUUUGUGUUAAAUAUUUGUGAGCUGGUGAGAGGUAUGGAAUGAUUGUACAGUUGCCAAAACUAAUCGAUGCUGACCCGCUACUCCAUUAACGUGUACUCCUAGUAUAUUUGUUGCUGAGAUGAUCCAUUGACCAUACUUGCAUAUUCUUUUUUUUUUCU